AUGUUUCCCAACGGAACUCCACCCACUGGCAGACUCGCACCGGAGCUGACAGACCAAAUCAUUGACAUUCUGCACAGAGACCACUUCUACCUCGUCACUUGCAGUCUCGUUUGCAAGGCGUGGCUGGCCAGGACGCGAUACCAUCUCUUCCAAAACGUCGUUCUGGCGCCACGUCUGACCAAGCCGCACACCCUCACCAAGUGCCGAGACUUUCUGACGCUGUCAAGAGCUCCAUUGUGUACCUUCCUGCCGUUCGUCACCAAACUGUCGCUCGAUCACGGAUGCGAGCAUAUGGCACCUCUGAUCCUCUCAUCUCAGGAGAUUUUCGGCAUGCUCGCUGCGGUCGGAAUAGCACCAAUCACUCUCGUCCAUCGCUUCCUUGAACACUCUCCCCUUAUAUCCGCUAGUCCGCACCCAUUCUUCGCAAAGUCGGUCACGCACUUGGAUCUUUCGUUUUCUAAAUCGGGUGACUGGCGGUCGGUGGUCGAAUACAUAUGUGCUUUCACCAAGCUGGAGUCGUUGCGCAUCCGCGACGACAAUGUCUGGCGAGCUAGCUGGCACGACAACCUGACAACGAUGGCGACAGCUCUCCCAAUGCCUCUGCGCGACAUCAUCAUCGACAAUCCUACGCUGUUGAUGUGGCUUAGCGAGGGCCAUGCUGCCAGAGGCUCGCUACAUAAGCUUCGACUUUCAUUCAGUCGCCACUCCUCCGGUAUCUGGCCCACGAUCAAUGCCUUUUUCCGUCAUCCGUCUGCUCAAGCAUUGGAAUGGCUCGAGCUAGACCGCACUCGGCUCCCAUCACAAUUAGAUGAACCCCUCGAAGGUCCCGAAAUCGCGUCUCUGUCUAAUUUGAAGCACCUUCAAAUCGCUUUUUGGAUGAAUGCAGCAGGAAGCUUGCUGCGCGAUCUUCUUGGACGACUUCAAAAUCCGACGAACCAAGUAAUACCACUCGAAACUCUGACUCUCAAAGUCAGCUUUCCGCCUGCGGCAGCUUAUAUUUCCAAGGAUUGGCAGGCCAUCGACGCAUUUCUUGGUUCGGAGCUAACCUUUCCCCAUCUACGCCGCGUCGAGUUCGCCGUCAAAGAGUUAGCGCCGGAGAUCUUGAGAAGGAACCAUCUCCCCAGUUUGGCGGAUCAACUGAGCAUCUUGGCGUUUGAAGCGGAACUCGACCGGCCUAUCGCGUCUGCUUUGCGGAGCGACCUGCGGCGUUGCGGAGAACGCAGUUUGCUCCAUAUCGACGAAGGAUUUCCAUUGGCAGAACCUAAAUCCCCGGAGCACCUACUUCCACCAAUCAUCGAGAUCAGUGACUCUGAAGAUGAGCAGAUCCUGGUAGGACAAGACGACGAAAAUCAAAUUCCAGUGAUUAUUGUUACUGAUACCGAUGACGAAUCGGAGUAA